AUGAGCGGCCGAAGCCGGGGCCGCAAGUCCUCCCGCGCCAAGGGCCGGGGCAAAGGCCGCGCCAAAGGCCGCGCGCGCGCCGCUGCCGACCACGCCCCGCGCGACCCGGACCCUCCGGACCCCCCGCAGGGCCAGCGGCUCGGGGAGGACACCCCGGCGGCGGCACAGGUGCAGGCUGGCGCGGGGUGGGGCGGCCUGGAAAGCGCCGCGCUCCCGGGGCCCGGGGAGGACGCCUCCCGGCUCCCGCUGGACUGUGGCCUCGCGCUGCGAGCGGCGGGGGAGCGCGGGCAGGCUGCGUCCAGGCUCGGCCUGGGGAAGGCCACCUCCCUCUCCGAGCGCCUGGCGGCGGACACUGUCUUCGUAGGCACCGUGGGAACCGUGGGGAGGCUGAGGAACGGCCCCCGCGUUCGAAACCUGCGUGGGCACGCCGGGAAGAAGGCCCCAGUGGGGAAGGGCCCCCAGGCCACAGCCGGUGGGAAGCCCAGGAGAGACCCCGCGGGGGAGUGUGCGUCUGCCCCAGCGGAAGAGGAGCAGACGGUGGAGAAGGAUGACGCAGGGGCGGGGACCCCGGCGACGACGGAUGGCAGCAUGGAUACGCUGGAGUCCGUCCAGCUGAAGCUGGAGUCCAUGAACGCCCAGGCCGACAGGGCCUACCUUCGCCUCUCUCGCAAGUUUGGGCAGUUGCGGCUGCACCACUUAGAGCGCAGGAACGUCCUCAUUCAGAGUGUCCCCGGCUUCUGGGGCCAGGCUUUGCAGAACCACCCCCAGCUCUCCUCCUUUCUGAACAGCAAAGACAAAGAAGUGCUCGGCUACCUGAACAGCCUGGAGGUGGAAGAGCUGGGCCUCGCCAGACUGGGCUACAAGAUCAAGUUCUACUUCGAGCGCAACCCCUAUUUCCAAAAUAAGGUGCUCAUCAAGGAAUAUGGGUGUGGCCCCUCAGGUCAGGUGGUGUCUCGUUCUACUCCAAUCCAGUGGCUCCCGGGACACGAUCUCCAGUCCCUGAGCCAGGGGAGCCCAGACAACAGCCCUAGCUUCUUUGGGUGGUUUUCAAACCACAGCUCCAUUGAGUCUGACAAGAUCGUUGAGAUUAUCAAUGAGGAGCUGUGGCCCAAUCCCCUGCAGUACUACCUUAUGAGUGAAGGGGCCCGUGCAGAGAAAGGAAAGGAGGCCAGGCAGGGCGCCGGGAAGCAGCCAGUGGAGGCCCCCGAGCCUGCGGCCAACAAGUCCAAGUAA